AUGGGGUUAUUAUGGCAAAUGGGUAUGAUGAUUGUGGGAAGAAGAAGCCAAAUCGGUGGUUUCGUUUUCCAAAUUAAAUGUGCUUUGGCUUUUGCUUCUACUCCUACUCGAGAGCCUAUCUCUCUCCUCUCUCUAGAGAAAAUGCAAACACAAACUUACAACAAACUUUCAUCUAUAUAUAACGCCUCUAUCUCCCCCAAUAAUCAAACACGUCUCACUUCUUCUCUCUCUCUCUUCCUCUUCCUCACUUUCUCUCUUCAACCUUCAAAGAUGUGUUUGAGUUCUUCAGAACCAUUUUCAGACACACCCACGAGAUUAGUUUUGUACCUCAAAACACAAAGCCACGUUCGUAUCCCUCGUCUCUCCAGGAGGAGAAGGAUGUGGCGGGAAGAAAAAGAGAUGGAGAUGAACAAUAUAAGGCUUUACAUGGAGAAUCAAAAGAUCAUACAAGAAAACGAGAAACUCAGAAAGAAAGCUCUUCUUCUUCACCAAGAAAACAAAACUCUUUUCUCUCUGAUCCAGACCAAAAAACUCUCCUCUGUUCCAUAAACAAAGACCUUAUCAUCACCAAGAUCAUAUUCUUCUUCUUCUUCUUCUUCUAUAGUGAAGUAUUAGUAAGAUCUGAGGGCUUUGAAAACACCAGAGUCUUAUUAUUUAAGUGGGUCUUAUAAUUUACAAUUAAGGGUUUAGUACUACUGCUGGGUAUACAUCUAAUUUUUUUUGUUCUUUUUAGUUUCAUCUCUCAUGUUAUCUCUGUACGUGUGUUCUUUUGUUAACGUUUAAUCUACUUUCUAAAUUCUAAUUAAUGUUUUUCUUCUUUUUAAUUUGCUACUACUCAACAACAGAC